AUGAUGGAUGUCAUGGAGUUUUGGCGAGAGCUUAACACAUUUACCAUUUAUGGGAAAAAUCACAGCGAUAUGUCGACUUCUUAUCGAUAUCCAUUCCAUUUUCCCUAUGAGCAAGUGGAAAAUCCAAAAUAUUGGACGAUCAUUUUCCAGCAGUACUGGUAUCAUUUCAUAACAAUAUCCAUCGUUUAUUUCAUGCUAAUCAAAGUCAUUCAAAAAUUCAUGGAAAACCGAAAGCCGUUCAAUCUGCGCACACCGAUGAUCCUCUGGAAUGGCGGUCUCGCGAUUUUCAGCAUUAUCGCCACACUGCGCUUCUCCGUCGAUCCGCUAAGAAGUCUGUACGUCGAGGGAUUCUACCGAACGUUGUGCUAUUCGUGCCAUCCGAAUGAUGUGGCCGCGUUUUGGAGUUUCGCGUUCGCGUUGAGCAAAAUUGUCGAGCUCGGCGACACGAUGUUCAUCAUUCUCCGCAAGCGUCCGUUAAUCUUCCUCCACUACUAUCAUCACGCCGUCGUGCUCAUUUAUACGGUGCAUUCUGGAGCCGAGCACACCGCCGCCGGUCGAUUCUACAUUCUGAUGAACUAUUUCGCGCAUUCGCUGAUGUACACCUACUACACAAUCACCGCAAUGGGAUAUCGGCCUACAAAAUGGGUGUCGAUGGGUGUGACGACCGUCCAAACCACCCAAAUGCUGGCGGGUGUUGGUGUCACAUGGAUGGUGUACAAGGUGAAGACCGAAUACAACCUUCCAUGCCAGCAAUCGAUGGCGAAUCUGUAUCUGGCGUUCACCAUUUACGUCUCAUUCGCCAUUCUAUUCAUUCAAUUCUUCAUCAACGCCUAUAUCGUGAAGUCGAAUAAGAAGAAGAAGCCGGUGAAAAGCGAGUGA